AUGUCCCGCCGACUGACGCGAUCCUCGAUUUCCCACUCCGGUCUCACUCGUUUCCUCGACGUAGAUGAACCGGAUGACGACGAGGAGUGGGUUACGGGCGACGUCUCCCUCAUCUCAGCCGACAAUGUUCGAUUCCGCGUGGCUGGUCUGACAUUGGCAUGGUCGAGCCCCGUUUUCGCAGACCUCUUGUCUCUACCUGGCAAUCAAGCAGAGAAGGUCAUCCCCCUCACAGACAACGCCAUCGAAUCGGCCGAUGUCAUCAGGAUCUAUCUUGAUCUUGUGUCGUUGAACUUUGGGCGCCUCGGCAUCUUCUACAAAUCGUACACUCGUUGGGCGGCUCUGCUCGCCAACCUGACGUUCUUCCUGGACAAGUAUCAGUCUGAGCGAGGACUGAAGCUACUCCGGUCCUUCGGCUCGGAGGCAGUCACUUUGCAACGCUUCUCAAGAAUGGGUGAUAUCAUCUUUGCUUCGCGUGUUAACGACCUCGCUCUCUGCUUCCGCAUCCUUUCGUCGGGCAACAAAAAGAGCAAGCCGGCCCAGAAUCGGAGACCUCUGGGAACAAUGGAUGGUAGCUGGCAAUUCUCCCUUGCGCUUCAGUCCUACGAGGCAGCCUCCUCGAUCCCGUUCCCAUUCCAGUGGGCAAUCGCACGUGCAGCCGAAGUCGAAGACCGGGAAACAACACCGCGGAUCUUCGCGCACAGAUUUGUGGAGAUCAUGAUGACUAUUUACGAGCAAGGUAGGAGAAGGCAGUUUGUGAAGCUGACUCCAGGCGCGAUGGACCUUUCUGGGCACCCGGCGUUUCCCCCUCUUCUCCAGACACCAAACCUUGAUGGCUACACGAAGCCAACCUGA